AUGGAAGGAGCCAUCCCCAGCCGGCCAAACACGAGGGUCGCCGUCGUCACCGGCGGGAACAAGGGGAUCGGCUUCGAGGUGUGCCGGCAGCUAGCCAGCGACGGAGGAGUCACGGUCGUCCUGACGGCCCGGGACGAGACGAGGGGCACGGAGGCGGUCGAGAAGCUCAGAACGCUGGGGCUCACCGACGCCAACGUCGUCUUCCAUCAGCUGGACAUCACGGACGCUUCGAGCAUCGCCACGCUAGCCGAUUUCCUCAAGACCCGUUUCGGGAAGCUGGACAUCCUGGUGAACAAUGCUGCAAUCGCCGGGGUUGAGUACCCCCAAGAUGUGGAUACCAACGAGGAAAAGUUCGCUGGCAUGGAUAUCAAGCAGAGACUUGACUGGAUGAUAAAGACUGUCCGGGAGCCCAUCGGCGCCGCAAAGAAAGCCGUGGAGACGAACUACUACGGCACCAAGCAUGUCACCCAAGCCCUUCUGCCUCUGCUGCUGCAAUCUUCCUCUUCCUCCCAGGGGAAGAUAGUGUGCGUCUCCUCCGACUAUGGGCUGCUCAAGCUUAUCGGCGACGAGGAGAUCAGGCGGGACCUCGACGACAUCGACAACCUGACGGAGGAGAGGGUGGACGGAUUUUUUGUCCAAAAGGACCCCCUGCCGAACGCACUGAGAUGA